GCAGUAAGCAACUGGUGCAAUCACAACCUCUACACUAUACCAAUCUAUGUUCUCCUUUCUCCACAAAAAUAUUUCACAAUGCCUCUCGAAACUGCCACCCUUUCUCCUCUCAUCCUCUGUUUCGAUGCUGCCUGAACUCCGAUUAUUCGGCAUCUUUUCAUGGAUUCUUUCGUAAUAAGCUCCGCUUAUAGAGCACUCCCUCUUAACCUUCCAAACUCUAAUAUCACUUCUUUCAAUCUUUCCUCUUUCUGUUUUUUCAGAUUCGAAAAACCCAAGAAAUUGAAAACGUCUUCAGUUACUGUUUCAUCCUUAAAUCCCCAAAACCCCAAUUCACAAUGGCAAAAUCAGAGCUCAUACUUAAAACCCUUUUCACUUCUUCUCCCGAUUUUCAAGAAAGUUAAAGACUUUGCAGCAAAGGCCUCAAUGAACAAAUGGGUCUCUUUUUUAAGAGGUGGUAGUGGCCCUGAGAAUGUUCCAGAGAAGCUUAGCGGAAAUCUGUUGCAAAAUGGAAGCUUUGGAAUGGCUCUUUUGAGUAUAACUUCAACAGCAAAGGUGAAAAUAAGUCCAUUUGUAGCUACAUUAGCUGCUAACCCAACGUUUGUUUCGGGGUUUAUAGCUUGGUUGGUGGCACAGUCGAUGAAAGUUUUUUUGAAUUUCUAUGUGGAGAGAAAAUGGGACUUUAGGAUUAUGUUUGCAUCUGGAGGAAUGCCUUCUUCUCAUACAGCUUUGUGCACGGCAUUGACAACCUCAGUUGCUAUUUGUCAUGGUGUUGCUGACUCAUUAUUUCCCGUUUGUUUGGGGUUUAGUUUAAUUGUGAUGUAUGAUGCUAUUGGUGUGAGACGGCAUGCUGGGAUGCAAGCAGAGGUUCUCAAUCUGAUCGUUGAGGACUUAUUCCAAGGGCAUCCCAUCAGUCAAAGAAAGCUAAAAGAACUUCUAGGCCACACCCCAUCCCAGGUUUUCGCUGGGGCUUUGCUGGGUAUUGUGGUUGCUUGGAUGUGUUGUCAGGGUUGUUUAAUUGCAAUCUGAUCAGCUUCCACAGGACUCUGGGACCAGCCAACUAAUCACAGUCCAUGACACCUUAAUCUUAACAUUUUGAAAAAUUCUACUUACAAGUUUCUUCCUAUGACUUUAUGAGAGAGGCAAACUCCACACAACAGUUGAAUUGUCAAUAAACGAUUGUAUCAAUAUGGAAUAUGCUUCCCCAGACCCAAAUUCCCAAUUGAACUCUUCUUUUGUUUGACAAUAGAAAACCUUAAGGAUGCGUUUGG